AUGUUGUUCAACUACCAAUCUUUGCUCGUGGGAGUCUCCUUGAUAUCUCAAGCCCUAGCUGCACCUCUUUUGGAAUCGAGGGCAACUCCUGACACCUCUGCUUUCCCUGAUCUGCAACGUGCAGCAAAGCUUUCUUCUGCUGCCUACAGCGGUUGCAUUGGAAAAGCCUUCGAUGUCACUAUUACCAAGAAGAUCUAUGACCUCUUGACCGACACCAAUGGAUUCGUUGGAUACUCCACCGAAAAGAAGAAGAUCUCGGUCGUCAUGAGGGGCUCGACUACCAUCGCCGACAUCUUAAAUGACAUUGACACUGUCCUCGUCACUCCCUCGCUCUCGGGCGUGAAUUUCCCUUCCGGUGUAAAGAUCAUGAAAGGACUUAACAAGCCAUGGUCUGCUGUACACAACGAUGUCAUUGCUGAGGUCAAAUCGCUCAUCGCGAAGUAUCCGGAUUACACUUUGGAGGCGACCGGACAUUCCCUCGGUGGUGCCCUUACAUACAUUGCCCACGUUGCAUUGGCGCAGAACUUCCCGGGCAAGGAACUCACUAGCAAUGCACUUGCUGCCUUCCCCAUCGGCAAUGAAGCCUGGGCCGACUUUGCUGGCUCACAGGCCGGUACCUUAAACCGUGGAAAUAACAUUGCUGACGGUGUUCCAAACAUGUACGUGAGCGGUAUUUUCAACUUCAAGCACUACGGAACCGAAUACUACAGCUCUGGCUUGAAGCUCACCUGCGUGAAGUGCGAGGGGCAGCGCGACAGAGACUGCUCUGCCGGCAAUGGUAUGUACAGUGUCACUGCCGGUCACUUCUCAAGCUUUGGCGUUACAAUGAUGGGUGCUGGUUGUGGCCUGCUUUGA